GUUGCCGGAAGUGAACCGCGCUUGUCUGUGGAAGUGUGGCGUUUAUUUAGUUAGACAAUUUCCAUGUGGUUCUGAUUCAACAACUGUUUCAAAGCUAAUCUGUAGCUAGUACUGUACUGUAAAAAUGGGCAAAAAGGGUAAAAAAGACCAAAAGAAAGUGAAAGGAGCAGAGAAAACAGCAGCCAAAAUGGAUAAAAAGAUUUCAAAGCGGUCUAAACGAGAAGAGGUAACGUUAGGCAUGUCUGUCUCCCCUUUCAACUGUCAGCUACUAGCUAGCUAGCUCUAAUUACAGUUUAAGACAAGAGACAUAGCUAUGUCUUUAUAGCAUAACAUCUUAUGGCAUAAACUCGUCAUCGUGUGUGUGUGUGUGUGUGUGUGUGUGUGUGUGUGUGUGUGCGCGCGUGCGUGCGUGCGUGCGAGUGUAAAAAAUUCCUACUCAAUCACAUAAAGUUAAUGUCAUUGUCUGACAGACAUUGUACAGAGUGAAUAGUUUCAGCUGUUGUUCAUUUAGGUGUUGUUUUCAUUUGGCAUUGGUACAGGAGGACCUGGCGGCACUGAUAGCUGAGUUUCAGUCCCUGGAUGCCAAGAAGACAACAGUUGUGGAGACCGCCUGCCCACCCCCCUCACCCAGGUGACCCACUACUCUGUCCUAGAUGUUGAUAGGUGUUGACCUAGCUUGUGUUCAAUGGGCACAAAACGGGAGAAAAUGUGUUGAAACCAGGGAGUUACUAUGGCUGAUCUUGUCCAAUAAGAAUUGUCUCAUUUAGAUUUGUUCCAUUUCAAAACCCUUACUGUUUCGUGCCUACUGAACAGCUCACGUCAGAGCCAGGUGUCACAAGCAUUUUUGUAACAUCUGCUAAAUAUGUGUAUGCGACCAAGAAAAUGUGAUUUGAUUUGAUAGAAGUGGUAUCCUGUUUGUCUCAUCACUCCUCAGGUUGAACGCCUCUCUGUCAGCACACCCCGACAAGGAUGAGCUGAUCUUGUUUGGAGGCGAGUUCUUCAACGGCAAAAAGGUACAAUUCAUAUACCCUACAUGACCAAAAGUAUGUGGACACCUGCUCGUCGAACAUCUCAUUCCAAAAUCAUGGGCAUUAAUAUGGAGUUAGUCCCCCCUUUGCUACUAUAACAGCCUCCACUCUUCUGGGAAGGCUUUCCACUACAUGUUGGAACAUUGCUGCAGGGACGUGCUUCCAUUCAGCCACAAGAGCAUUAGUGAGGUCUGAUGUUGGCCGAUUAGGCCUGGCUCGCAGUCGGCGUUCCAAUUCAUCCCAAAGGUGUUCGAUGGGGUUGAGGUCAGGGCUCUGUGCAGGCCAGUCAAGUUCUUCCACACCGAUCUUGAAAAACUAUUUCUGUAUGGACCUCGCUUUGUGCACGGGGGCAUUGUCAUGCUGAAACAGGAAAGGGCCUUCCCUAAACUGUUGCCACAAAAUUGGAAGCACAGAAUCGUCUAGAAUGUAAUUGUAUGCUGUAGCAUUAAGAUUUCCCUUCACUGGAACUAAGGGGCCUGAACCAUGAAAAACAGCCAUUAUUACACCAUUAUUACUCCUCCACCAAACUUUACAGUUGGCACUUCAUUGGGGCAGGUAGCGUUCUCCUGGCAUCCACCAAACCCGAAUCCACUAAUUUGAAGGGGUGUCCACAUACCUUUGUAUAUAGAGUGUACCUUGAACACCUUUAUAUUAAUUUUUUGUAUUUUACUAAUCCUUAUCGGCUUUGGAUGAAUAGGGUUUUUGAUUGACAGUGGGUUUAUUUUCUUCUUUUCAGACGUACCUCUACAACGACCUGUUCUUCUAUAACAUAAAGAAGAACACCUGGGUGAAGUCAGACAUCCCCAACCCUCCUCCACGACGCUGUGCUCACCAGGUAACUAUGUACCUCCUGUCAACCUCCAACCACCAUCUCUACCCACAUCCACUUUCAGGGAUGCAAACAUGUCACUUUUCGGCGAUAUUCUCAGUUUUGAUCUCAAAAUAGGUCAUCCAGAUGAAACGUGUAGAUCCGUAAAGGAACGUGUGGGGCAGGUAUGACGAAAGUGCGCAGACGCAGAGUGUAUCACCCAUUAAGCAAUAAAAGAGAGCGCAAACAGAUCUUAUCCCUUUGCGAUGACUACCUUCUCUCUCUAAAUUAAUGACUGAGUACAGAAUGCAUCCCUACCCUACUCGUCCUACAAAUUGAAUAUCAAACGGAGUUCAGAGCGUGAUGUCAGAUAUGUCAUGUCAGAAUGAGUGAUUCAUCCAAUAUCACGUGUGACCGAUGUGAGCAGCCAGCUGCAUCCCCUAACCAGCCAUUAGCCUACUCAGCUGCUUCUUUCAGUCCGUUCUUUAUGCGCAUCUCCAUCAGUAUUUAAAUCUUAUUUUGCUGUGAUGGCGAGCUGGGGUGUGCAGACAGUGAUGGGGUUUCUGUUGUUACAUAUGUUUAAUUAUUGGAGCAGCUCCCAGGGUGAGCGAAGUGGAUACGUAUCUUUUCAUUUCGCCUGUAAGAACAAGCAGGCCAUUUAUAUAAUUUUAUAAACCAUGUCGCGGGCCGUUUUAAACUACUCGCGGGCAGCGAGUUUUUGGUUUGUACUUCAAAGCUAUAUCUGAAGGGGUGGGGGAAACCCUGUGGUGUCACGAUACUACUCUGUAUUGUGAUUGUUGGCCUGGUAUCACAUCGUUAGUAAAAUCAGAAUCCCCUUUAUUCGCCAAGUACAUUUAGACAUAAUCAGAUUUUACUUAGUGGUAUGGUGCUGCUAGUGAUAGACAACAUUUAGAGACAGAAUACAGACAGCAGAGUUUAAACAAAGUUUACAUACAUUAUAUACAACUAGGUAGAGUGAGCAUAGAGCUAUAUAUGGUUGAUAUACAGUGGAUGUAAAAAUAUACAGUAUCAGUAUGAAUAUAUCUAAAUGCAGAGAGACAACCCCAAUCAGAAAAUCUCCAUCGAUUUCUCGUGUGUUUCCGUGCUAUAACAAAAAGGUCAACUUUUUGGGCCCUCACCAGUUUGCAUCCCUGUACUUUACAGAGCUCACCAGAUCCCCCACUUCCUUCUGCCAGGAGUCUACCUUUACUCUUUAUCGUCACUUAGACAGCUCAGAAUGGGGAACUUUUUCACACCUUUGUUCUACUUUUAGGGAACUCAAAAGUAUGUCACACCUUUACUGACAAUUAUUGUAUUUUUAUUAUUUUUCUCUGUUGUGGAUUAGUGGUGCAGUGAUUCCUCUCACUGCGGAUCUCAACUUGCAGCCUGGCCAUCGUUCUGUCAUUCUCCCUUUUGGACACCAGGGGACAGACUUUGAUACAACUAUGAAGAGAUUUGAGAGAUUGCCAAGGUAGAUGGUAUCUAUCUGAUAACUCUCUCUCCCUCUAACUUUCUCCAUCUCUCUCUCUCCAUCUCGCUCUCUCGCUCUCUCUCCUUUCUCUGUCUCUCUCUCUUCUCUCUCUCUGCAGGCGGUGGUAGUUCCACAGGCAGGGGGGCAGCUGUGGGUGUUUGGGGGGGAGUUUGCGUCUCCUGACGGGGAGCAGUUCUACCACUAUAAAGACCUCUGGGUUCUUCACCUCUCCACAAACACCUGGGAGCAGAUCAAGUGAGGGAGCCAUAUUGCUAUUGUAGUAAUAGUGGGUGUAAAGUAUGUUUGAGAUGCUACUAGAUGAACCUGGUUGUGUCAGUGUUUGUGAGUAUAAGUGUUGUGUCUGUAACCCAGGGUUCCAGGUGCCCCCUCUGGUAGGAGUGGACAUCGUAUGGUCCUGAGUAAGAGGCAGUUGCUGUUGUUCGGAGGCUUCCACGAAAGUGCUAGGUAAGGAGAGAUGAUAGGAGGCGCUAUUGUGUCAGUUAAGGAGAGGUGAUAGGUGGAGUAUUUGUAAUUGUAGGAAAUAAGAGGAAAGAAAAGAGUGAUAACCUUGUGGCUUGCUUUAUGGCUGUGGCCAAAAUAUCACAAUAUUAGAUGUAGCCACUGCGUGAAAUAUGCAAAAUAAACUAGAUUAGUCUUCUGCUUGUUGAUAGUGUACUUCUUCUCUUACAGGGAUUUUAUCUACUACAACGAUGUGCACGCCUUCAGUCUGGACUCCUUCACCUGGAGUCGCCUCUCCCCCUCCGGCACCGGCCCCUCCCCUCGCUCUGCCUGCCAGAUGACCUCUACCCCCGAUAGCUCCGGGGUCAUCAUCUAUGGAGGAUACUCCAAAGUGGUGUGUGUGUUUGUGCAUUUGUGUGUGUGUGCGUGCACUCAACAGGUUCUUGUUAAUUUGAUAUGAUAUUGAGAGAUAUGCAGCAAGUCUUUGAAUGACUCCAUUACAUUUUAAUCAAAGUUGUGUUUUAUUGUUCCCUUUUAGAAAGCUAAGAAAGAUGUGGAAAAGGGAACCAUCCACUCUGACAUGUUUCUGCUCAAGAGAGAUGGCAAAGAAGAACAAGGUACAGUGAUGCUCAGGCUUAUACUUACUAUUGGCUACAGACUAGCCUGGACAUAUAAAACGCAGGACAGAGAAGCAAUGUGAUUUCUAUUUACAGAACAUUGUUCCUCAUUUUGAUUUUCUCCCUGUCAGAGAAGUGGUUGUGGUCCCGGGUGAGUCCCUCCGGCUCCAAGCCACCCGCCCGGUCGGGCUUCUCCCUGGCUGUGGGGCCCACGGGUCGGGCGCUGCUCUUCGGAGGGGUGUGUGACGAGGAGGAAGAUGAGACUCUGGAGGGGGACUUCUACAACGACCUUUACCUGUAUGACAUCAACAAGCACCGCUGGUUCCCUGCUCAGCUCAAGGUAACUGCUGGAAACCUCCCUUUUGGCACAUACAGUAAAUAGUAUGUUUACUUGGACAAUUGUAAGCAACUGUGUUAAUAUUAUUGUUGUUGCCCUGUUUUUCCCUCCCCUCGUCCAGGGCUGUAAGUCGGAGAAGAAGAAGCGUCGACGGGGGAAGAAGGGAGGGGAGCAAGGGGAGAGGUCAGAGGAGGGUCAGGCGGAGGAAGGGGCAGCAGCACAGGGACCUGUGGAGGUCAUCAAGGAGAUCGUCACUGAAGAUGGAACGGUCAUGACCAUCAAGGAAAUAAUCCCCGGGACACAGGUGGAGGAAGAGAGCGAAGAAGAGGAGGAGGAAGAUGAGGAAGGUGCCUCGGCCAUCCUGGUGGAGCCCUGUGCUCGCUCCAGCGCCAUGGCAACAGUGAAAUAUGGGAAGCUGUAUUUAUACGGGGGCAUGUUUGAGGUGGGCGACCGCCAGUUCACCCUCAACGACCUGUACUGUCUAGACCUCCACAAGAUGGACCAGUGGGAGGUGCUGGUCGAGAUGGACCCCAGUAAGUAAGAGGGAAACUGGGCUUUUCUGUCUGUGUGUUUCUGUGGGAUGGAGGUUGUGUUCCUGAUCACAGUGACCCCUUCUCUCUGCAGAGACCCAAGAGUGGCUGGACGACUGGUCUGACUCAGAGGGGGAUGAGGAGGGGGAUGAGGAGGGGGAUGAGGAGGAAGCUAAAGGAGGUGAUGACGAAGAGGAGGAAUCUGAAGAAGAAGGUGACGAACAAGGUAAAUGACAAAAAAUCCCUCUAUUCUUUUCAGUGUUUGUUUCUAACCCUACUUUAUUCUGCUCUUCAUGUGUUCAAUGGUUAUGAUUGGCUGAAAGCCGUGGUAUAUCAGACAAUAUAAACUGGGUGGUUCGAGCCCUGAAUGCUGAUUGGCUGAAAGCCGUGGUAUAUCAGACCGUAUACCAUGGGUAUGACAAAACAUUUACUUUUACUUUUCUAAUUACAUUUGUAACCAGUUUAUUAAAGCAAUAAGGCACCUCGGGGUUUAUGGUAUAUGGCCAAUAUACCUCAGCUAAGGGCUGUAUCCAGGCACUCCGCGUUGCGUCGUGCUUAAGAACAGCCAUUAGCUGUGGUAUAUUGACCAUAUACGGUACCAAACCCCCUCGGGCCUUAUUGCUUAAAUGUACCUCUCCACUAGAGCAGUGAACAGGUUGCAUCAAAGCCGAAGCCAAAAGCCUCUUAUAGAAAGCCUCAAGGGACAGUGCUGUCUAAACACAAUGUCAGUCGCAGUAGUGUUGACACCAGCAGUAACACUCUCUUCAAAUCAAAUCAAAUCACAUUUUAUUUGUCAUAUGCGCCGAAUACCACAGGUGUAGACCUUACAGUGAAAUGAUUUCUUACAAGCCCUUAACCAACAAUGCCGUUUUAAGAAAAACAAGUGUUUAGUAAAAAAUAUAUAAGUAAAAAAUAAAGACUAAAAAUAGACAAAUUAAAGAGCAGCAGUAAAAUAACAGUAGGGAGUACCGGUACAGAGUCAAUGUGCGGCGGCACAGGUUAGUCGAAGUAAUUGAGGUAAUAUGUACAGUACCAGUCAAAAGUUUGGACACACCUACUCAUUCAAGGGUUUUUCUUUAUUUUUUACUAUUUUCUACAUUGUAGAAUAAGAGUGAAGACAUCAAAACUAUGAAAUAACACAUUUAGAAUCAUGUAGUAACCAAAAAAGUGUUAAACAAAUCAAAAUAUAUUUUAUAUUUGAGAUUCUUCAAAUAACCACCCUUUGCCUUGAUGACAGCUUUGCACACUCUUGGCAUUCUCUCAACCAGCUUCACCUGGAAUGCUUUUCCAACAGUCUUGAAGGAGUUCCCACAUAUGCUGAGCACUUGUUGGCUGCUUUUCCUUCACUCUGCGGUCCGACUCAUCCCAAACCAUCUCAAUUUGGUUGAGGUCGGGGGAUUGUGGAGGCCAGGUCAUCUGAUGCAGCACUCCAUCACUCUCCUUCUUGGUAAAAUAGCCCUUACACAGCCUGGAGGUGUGUUGGGUCAUUGUCCUGUUGAAAACCAAUGAUAGUCCCACUAAGCCCAAACCAGAUGGGAUGGUUAAGUGUGCCUUGAAUUCUAAAUAAAUCACUGACAGUGUCACCAGCAAUACACCCCCACACCAUAACACCUCCUCCAUGCUUUACGGUGGGAAAUACACAUGCAGAGAUAAUCCGUUCACCCACACCGCGUCUCACAAAGCCACGGCGGUUGGAACCAAAAAUCUCAAAUUUGGACUCCAGAUCAAAGGACACACUUCCACCGGUCUAAUGUCCAUUGCUCUUGUUUCUUGGCCCAAGCAAGUCUCUUUAGUAGUGGUUUCUUUGCAGCAAUUUGACCAUGAAGGCCUGAUUCACACAGUCUCCUCUGAACAGUUGAUGCUGAGAUGUGUCUGUUACUUGAACUCUGUGAAGCAUUUAUUUGGGCUGCAAUUUCUGAGGCUGGUAACUCUAAUGAACUUAUCCUCUGCAGCAGAGGUAACUCUGGGUCUUCCAUUCCUGUGGCGGUCCUCAUGAGAGCCAGUUUCAUCGUUGCGCUUGAUGGUUUUUGCAACUGCACAUGAAGAAACUUUCAAAGUUCUUCACAUUUUCCGUAUUGACUGACCUUCAUGUCUUAGUCGUUUCUCUUUGCUUAUUUGAGCUGUUCUUGCCAUAAUAUGGACUUGGUCUUUUACCAAAUAGGGCUAUCUUCUGUAUACCCCCCCUACCUUGUCACAACUGAUUGGCUCAAACGCAUUAAGAAGGAAAGAAAUUCCACAAAUUAACUUUUAAGAAGGCACACCUGUUAAUUGAAAUGAUUUCCAGGUGACUACCUCAUGAAGCUGGGGGGGGGGGGGGGGGGGGGUGACAAUGCAAGUAGUCCGAGUAGCCAUUUCAUUAGCUGUUCAGGAGUCUUAUGGCUUGGGGGUUGAAGCUGUUAAGAAGCCUUUUGGACCUAGACUUGGCGCUCUGCUUGCCGUGCGGUAGAAGAGAGAACAGUCUAUGACUAGGGUGGCUGGCGUCUUUGGCAAUUUUUAGGGCCUUCCUCUGACACCGCCUGGUAUAGAAGUCCUGGAUGGCAGGAAGCUUGGCCCCAAUUAUGUACUGGGCCGUACACACUACCCUCUGUAGUGCCUUGUGGUCGGAGGCCGAGCAGUUGCCAUACCAGGCGGUGAUGCAACCAGUCAGUAUGCUCUCGAUGGUGCAGCUGUAUAACUUUUUGAGGAUCUGAGGACCCAUGCCAAAUAUUUUCAGUCUCCUGAGGAGGAAUAGGCUUUGUCGUGCCCUCUUUACGACUGUCUUGGUGUAUUUGGACCAUGAUGAUUUGUUGGUGAUGUGGACACCAAGGAACUUGAAGCUCUCAACCUGCUCCACGACAGCCCCGUCGAUGAGAAUGGGGGCGUGCUCGGUCCUCCUUUACCGGUAGUCCACAAUCAUUUCCUUUGUCUUGAUCACGUUAAGGAAGAGGUUGUUAUAAUAAUAAUAUGCCAUUUAGCAGAUGCUUUUAUCCAAAGCGACUUACAGUCAUGCAUGCAUACAUUUUUUGUGUAUGGGUGGUCCCGGGGAUCGAACCCACUACCUUGGCGUUACAAGCGCCGUGCUCUACCAGCUGAGCUACAGAGGCACCACACGGCCAGGUCUCUGACCUCCUCCCUAUAGGCUGUCUCAUCGUUGUCGGUGAUCAGGCCUACCACUGUUGUGUCAUCGGCAAACUUAAUGAUGGUGUGGUGUGUGUGUGUGUGUGUGUGUGUGUUUACAGAUGAGGAGGAUCACCCCCCAGUGCAGCCAGGUGAGGCGCUGGAAGACUUCCAGAGUCGUACAGAGCAAUACUGGGUAGGCCUGGCCCGGGCCAACAUGGGCCCAGAGGCUAAGGACACGAAGGUGCAGAAAGUGGGCAUAGCCAUGGCCAAGGUGUUCUAUGAAGACAAGCAGUGA